AUGGCGGCGCCCGAGCCCCGCACGGUGCUGGUGCGGGGCCUCCCCCCCGGCGCCACCGCCGCGCUCCUGGAACGGCUCUUCGGGCACCUGGGGCCGGUCCGACGCUGCUUCGUGGUCACCGAGAAGGGGCGGCCGCUGGCCGUGGACUGGGCCGUGGCCAAGGACAAGUACCAGGGGACACAGGGAGCCCCAAAACCGCCUGAGGGGGAGCAGAAAGGGAAGGAAAAACAGGAAAAAGUGCAGGGGGAGGAAGAGGAAGAAGACAAAGAGAAGGAGGAAGAAGAAGAGGCAGAAGAAGAAGAGGAUGAGGAAGAGGAGGAAGAAGAGCAGCAGGAAGAUGAUGAUGAAGAAGAAGGGAAUGAGGAUGAGAAAGAGGAGCCCCCCCGGAAGCGCCGGCAGCGCCCGUCGGACGUGGGCGAGGGCAGGACGGUGUUCAUCCGGAACCUCUCGUUCGACACCGAGGAGGAGGAGCUGGAGGAGACCCUGGCCCAGUUCGGGGGGGUCUCCUACGUCUGUCUGGUGCUGCACCCCCACACCGGGACCCCCAAAGGCUCUGCCUUCGCCCAGUUCGAGACCCCCGAGGGGGCCCAGAAAUGCAUUGAGGCUGCUCAGGAGGGGUCUGAGGGCGGGGGGCUCCGUGUAGGGGGGCGGCUGCUGCGCGUGGACCCCGCCCUGAGCCGGGAGCAGGCCCGGGGGCUGCAGGGCUCGGGGGGGGCGCGGCCCCGGAGCGGCACCAGGAACCUGUACCUGGCCCGGGAGGGCGCCAUCCGCCCGGGCUCCCGCGCUGCCGAGGGUGUCAGUGACUCGGACAUGGCCAAGCGGGCGCGGUUCGAGGAGCUGAAGCGGCGGCGGCUGCAGGACCCCAACAUCGGCGUGUCCCGGACGCGGCUGUGCCUGCACAACCUGCCCAAGGCGCUGGACACGGCCCGGCUCCGGGCCCUGCUCAGGGGGGUCCUGCGGGCCCCGGGGGGCGCAGCGCCCCGAAUCACAGAGUGCCGGGUGAUGCGGGAGCUGCGGGGCCAGGGCCAAUCUUUGGGGUUCGCCUUCGUGGAGUUCGGGGAGCACGAGGAGGCCCUGGGGGCCCUGCGGCGCCUCAACAACAACCCCGAGCUCUUCGGGGCCCACAAGCGCCCCAUCGUGGAGUUUGCCCUCGAGGACCGGCGGAAGCUGCGGCUGCGGGAGCAGCGGAUCCAGCGGGGCCUGGCCAAAGCCAAAGCCAAGGCCAAGGCGGGACCCUCGGACCCCCCCCAGGCACCCCCGGAGCCCCCCCAGGCACACCCAGACCCCCCCCAGGGGCACCCGGCCCCCCCCGCGGGCUCGGGGGGACCCCAGGCCCCCCCCGGGACCCCCCCCGGGACCCCCUGGGCCGGGUUCUGCACGCAGGGCCCGGGACACAGGGGGGCUCCUGGUGCCCCCCGCACCAAGGUGCUGGCAGUGCCCUCGCACCGAGGCCCCAAAAUCAGGAAACGGGACAAGGGGAAGGCUCAGCCCCCCCCCAAGCCCCCCAAAGCCCCCAAGGCCUCUCGGCGGCGGGAGAAGCUCCGGGUGCUCCCCCCCCAGAGCCAGCGGCGGCGCCGGGGGGGCUCCGGGGGGGCCGAGGCGCGGUUCCAGGAGCUGGUGGAGAGGUACAAGAGGAAGAUUUUGGGGAGCAGCCCCCCCACGGCUCGGAAGGGCAAAUGGUUCGAGAGCUGAGACAGCCCCAGACGCCCCCUGGCACCCCAGAACCCCCCUGGGGGUGCCGGGGGUCCCAAAC